AUCCUUGACAGCAUCUAUUGAAAUCGGGAAGGAAACCAAAAAAAGGAUGAGAGAGGAACCUCUUUCUUUUUUCUUCACUUUUUGAGAAGCAGAAAAGCACAACUCCUCUUCUCUCUUCCCUCUCACGAGUCACGUGCAUCAUAUCCUUCUCUAUACAGUACUCCUAUCAUUUUAGACUCUCUCUCUCUCUCUCUCUCUCUCUCUCUCUCUCAGAAGUUCAAGAAUAUGGUCCUGCAAUAAAAUGAUUGUUGUGUUUGAAUUGGAACAAGUUGACAGUGUUGGAGCUAGUUGAAGAAAAAAGAUUCGGUUAACACAAAAUAGUUGGUCAAAAAUGGCUUUAGAAGCUCUUUCUUCCAGUGAGCUUUUCAACUUCAUAAUCUAUGACACUAUCUCAGCAACCCCAUAUGACAACCAUGAGAAUAGUUUCUUAUUAGAGAAUGGAAUGACUACACCCCAAGAUCACCAAGGUAGUCCUUUGAAGAACUCUUCAUCGAUGACCCGAAAACGACACCCUGGAAGUGGAAGCUCAGAAUCUGUGGAGAUGAAGCAGAAUUUGGGGGUGCAAGGGAGAAAGAAGAGGAGAAGAAAGCCAAGGGCAUGUAAGAACAAAGAAGAAGCUGAGACACAAAGGAUGACACACAUUGCUGUUGAGAGAAACCGCCGCAAACAGAUGAAUGAGCACCUCGCUGUCCUACGCUCCCUCAUGCCUGAAUCCUAUGUCCAAAGGGGUGACCAGGCCUCUAUAGUAGGUGGUGCUAUAGAAUUUGUGAAGGAACUUGAGCACCUCUUGCAGACCCUUGAAGCUCAAAAACUCCAAAUUCUACAACCUGCAGGAGUAGGAGGACUAAAUGUAAAUGAAGACACCACAGGCACAGCCUCAAAGUUUAUGCCACCCCCAUUUGCACAAUUUUUUGCGUAUCCACAGUACACCUGGUCACAGAUCCCUAACAAGUAUACAUCUAAGACUAAGGCUGCUAUUGCUGAUAUCGAGGUCACUUUGAUCGAAACCCAUGCAAACCUUCGAAUUCUGUGGCGAAAAAGCCCUAGACAGCUCUCAAAGCUGGUUGCUGGAUUUCAGACUCUUCACCUCACCAUCCUUCACCUCAAUGUGACCACUAUGGACCCACUGGUCCUCUACUCAAUCAGUGCCAAGGUUGAAGAAGCAUGCCAACUCACUUCAGUAGAUGACAUAGCAGCAGCAGUACACCACAUGCUCAGAAUAAUUGAGGAGGAAGCUACCUUAUGUAAUUGAACAAACCCAAUAUACACCUUGGAUUUGUGAUGGAAUCACCAAAGUGCCACCUUUUUUUGUUUUCCCCAGUAAAGUUUUAACUUGUUCUUGCUGUGUGUAGCUACUCACACAUAGGUGUGUGUAGGUGUGUUUUUGUUUGCACUCAGGAAAUAGGGUUUAUUGCGCUUAUUGGGGUUCACCCCAAGCUGCCAAGGAGUUGGUUUUGUGUAUGACCUGUUCGGAAAUGUGCUAAUGCGAUACUGUGCAAAUUUGCUUUGAUCUCA